CGUGGGGCCAGCCAUUGUACACAUGCCAGAGAGGGAGCGUGCUGUGCAUAGGACUCAGGAGGGAGACCCGGCUUCAUGAGACUCUAGUACAUUCUUUAUAGAAAUGAGGAAAUGAGAAGCAUUAUGUGAACUCAGAACAAGUCCACCAGUGCCCAAUGCCGCAGACUUUGGAGAGGCCCAGAUCGCCACGCCCGAAGUCCCCGGGGCUCCCCCUGCUGGCCGUCCCUUCUCAUUUCACAGAGAUGAUGAGAGCCCUUGGGUACCCUCGACAUAUUUCUAUGGAAAAUUUCCGCACACCCAAUUUUGGACUUGUAUCUGAAGUGCUUCACUGGCUUGUGAAAAGGUAUGAACCUCAUACUGACAUCCCUUCUGAUGUUGAGACUGAACAGGACCGAGUUUUCUUCAUUAAGGCAAUUGCCCAGUUUAUGGCCACAAAGGCACAUAUCAAACUCAAUACUAAGAAGCUUUAUCAGGCAGAUGGGUAUGCAGUGAAAGAACUGUUGAAGAUCACGUCUGUCCUGUAUAAUGCUAUGAAGACCAAAGGGAUGGAGGACUCUAAAAUAGGAGAAGAUAUCAGCAAGUUCAAGUUUGAUCUUGGCUCAAAGAUUGCGGAUUUGAAAGCAGCCAGGCAGCUUGCUUCUGAAAUCACCUCCAAAGGAGCAUCUCUGUAUGACUUGCUGGGCAAAGAGGUAGAAUUAAGGGAACUGAGAACAGAAGCCAUUGCCAGACCUCUGGAAAUAAACGAGACUGAAAAAGUGAUGAGAAUUGCAAUAAAAGAGAUUUUGGUGCAGGUUCAGAAGACUAAAGACUUGCUCAAUAAUGUGGCCUCUGAUGAAGCUAAUUUAGAAGCCAAAAUUGAAAAGAGAAAACUAGAACUGGAAAGAAAUCGGAAGCGACUACAGACUCUACAGAGUGUCAGGCCAGCCUUUAUGGAUGAGUAUGAGAAGAUUGAGGAAGAGUUGCAAAAGCAGUAUGACAUUUACCUAGAGAAAUUUCGAAAUUUGACUUACCUGGAACAGCAACUCGAAGAUCAUCGUAGGAUGGAGCAGGAGAGGUUUGAGGAAGCUGAAAAUACUCUCCGUCUGAUGCAGAACAAGCUAAAGGAAGAAGAAAAGCGACUGCUCAAGAGUGGAAGUAAUGAUGACUCGGACAUAGACAUCCAGGAGGAUGACGAAUCCGAUAGUGAAUUGGAAGAGAGACGGCCAGCCAAGCCGCGGACGGCCAUGGAGGUGCUCAUGCAAGGAAGACCCAGCAAGCGCGUCGUGGGCACUAUGCAGGGUGGAGACUCCGAUGACGAUGAUGACUCGGAGGACAGUGAGAUGGACGUGGAUGAUGAGGAAGAUGACGACGAUGAUCUGGAAGAUGAGAGCAUUGCUCUCUCGCCGGCUAAGCUCAGCCGAAGGGUCCGGAAACCUGAGCCCUUGGAUGAGAGCGACAAUGACUUCUGACCCUCUUGCCAAGGGGCCAGGCAGGUUAAAACCCUCAGAUUUGUAGGUAAACGUGCAGUUAGAAGGUUAGGAAGGCAAUGUAUAUUUUGUUCACUAAGCCAGCUGGACUCAUUGUUCCUGGAGCAAUACUUACUUCUGCUUUAGCGUCCUAUAUUUGUGUUCCACAAAGCUUAAAUAAGAACCAGAGAAAACCCUCAAAAUGAUUUUUUUUCCCCCUUAUUUGUCUCCUAAACUUGAAAUGUGCAUGUGUUUUUAGUAAUUCACAUCCACGGGACAGAAACCCACAGAGAAAUAAGAGCUGACACCGUGUAAGUCUAGGCUGUUGUUACUAUGCAGUCCCCUAAGAGUCGAGCAGACCUGGGGCUGGGACUCGGCACGGGGCUGGGACUCGGCACGGGGCUGGGACUUGGCACAGGGCUGGACUUGCAGGGGAACAUCUGGCUGGUAGUCACUUGCACAGCUUAGGACAUUUACUAUACAUUGGCUUUUGAUCCAGGCUUUUUUGUCAUUUUAUAGUCUUAUUUUCUUCUGCAUGCUCACGAUACCAAGCAUUUAAUAAUUUAAUAACUAACAUUUUUAGAAAGGAGUUACAUGAAAACCAGCUUUCCUUGAAAAUCAGGCAACAGUGAGGCUCCAGGUUAUGUCUACUAUUCCAUUUCCUCUCAAAAGGCUGACCCUCCUCUGGGAGAUUCACCUUCAAUUAAAGCCACCUGCAUAUUUCCAUGGCUUAUACUGAGUUUGAAACUCUGUUGACCCUGGUUUCCCCUUUAGAGAUUCCAAACUUGUGGGACAGUGAUGGUUGGAACAUGCUCUUCCUGCCAGGUGGCAUUUCUCUAAAGGAGCAUGUUGUCUAAAGUGUGGCGAGACAUGAGGUCACCACACAGGGACGAAGGUGGGUCUCCUGCUUUUCACCACUAGAGUGUCUCCUGGGGGAAGGAGCCAAUGAAGGAAAAAGUGUCCAUACAGGUUCACUUUUCCGAUUUUUAACAGAACCAGAGUUGAAUUAGGUAGAGCAGCACUGGAAGAAUGUCCUGGCUGUGGAAUGAGAAGAGGCAGACAGGUUGAGAUGGGGUUUUCAUUUUUUUUUUUAAUGUAAAAAGCAUAGAGCAGUUUUCAUUUAUUUUACAAAGUCAGAAGACUUCUGAAGUUACUCAUCAUGGUUUUUUGGGGUUUUUUUUUAGCAUUUAUUGUGUUUAUGAAGGCUAGAUACUGUGCUAACAACAUCAUAUGCCUCAUCUUGUAAUUCUCACACAAAAAAUUUUUCUUGAAAUUUUAACUUCUCAAAAUACAUUGUAGUUGAUUUUUGUAUCCCUUUACCCAUUCCUCUUUCCCGCUUCCCUCUCUCCCCUCCCCCCCAAAGUUACUCAUCUUUUAAUAAGUGUAUUUAAUACCGUGUUUUUAUGUUAUUAAAUAAGGAUUACUUGAAAGUAUAAUUAUUUUGCUUAUUUGCACCCAUAACAUAUAAAUACUUAUUCAAGAAAAGUUCACAGGUUAAUAUGAUACAUGUAAAUUUCAGGAGACUGUAGGACAGUUAUUUCUGUCAUCUUUGCUUUUCUGUCCCUCCUUUCCUAAAUUUUAUGUAUGAGGUUACCCUUUUUUAAAAUUUUUUAAUUUUUUAAUUUUUAUUUUUAUUCAUUUAUUUUUUUAAAAGAUGACCGGGGGCCAGCCCCGUGGCUCACUCGGGAGAGUGCGGCUCUGGUAGCGCCAAGGCCGCGGAAUCGGAUCCUAUAUAGGGAUGGCCAGUGCGCUCACUGGUUGAACGUGGUACGGACCACACCGGGCUGGGGGUUGCAAUCCCCUUUCUGGUCAAACAAAUAAAAAAUAAAUAAAAAUGAAAGAUGACCAGUAAGGGGAUCUCAACCCUUGGUGUUGUCAGCACCAUGCUCUCUCAAGUGAGCUGACCGGCCAUCCCUAUAUAGGGAUCCGAACCUGUCGCCUUGGUGUUAUCAGCACCACACUCUCCUAAGUGAGCCAUGGGCCGGCCCUACCCUUUUUUUUAAACACUCAAUAUUCAGUUCAUUCACUAGUAAUUUGAGAUGUGCCAUAUUGUGAACAAGAAUCUGGAAGGGAAAUCAGUGUGUUGGGAACCCUGUCACCACUCAGAUGCCAGGGCUUCUAGCAUGCAGGAGAGUCACUGUGUCGUCUUGGAUGUUACAAAUUUGGUUUGCCUAAACCAGGAUUAUAUUUUGAAAAAACAAGUAAAUAUAGUUCUGUUUUUCUCAUGUGAUGCUUUCUUCUAGUGGGCUUCAACACAGAACUCUAACCUGAGCUACAAGUAACAUAUCCAUAGCUGUAGGCAACAGCUGCAAAGGGUAUUUCAUUGUUUCACCUACUUCUUGAUCAUCUUUUAUUUGUUGGUUAAUUGACUGUGCAGUCUCACCACGGUACAGCACUUCCUUACUUGAGUGGUUUCUGUCAACAAGGAGUGUCAUAUACUCCAUAACUAUUAUUAAUGUGUUUCCGUCAUUGUAACAGAUCCAGGAGUCAAAAGUGCAAAUGCCUUACUACCUGGCACCAUUUGGUUUCAGCCAAGCAGAAGAACAAACCUCAGUCCCUAAAGAUGAUAUAAUUAGGUCAAUGAAAA